AGCCUCAUUUAGAUUCAAUAAUACAUCAAAAUACUUCCUGAGAGGUGCAUACGAAAGCAAGUGUAGCUUGAGUUUAGCGUCGCAUUGGCUACGAAAACAAGAGAGUCAACACUAACACUAACAUCAGAAACAGUUUUAAACCAUUGUCAUUGGGGUUGGUAUCACUCAGUAAGAGCAGCUAACGACCAGCACGAACGGAUCAGGAAUCAACAAUAUCGAAGCCAAUCGAAUUGCAAGGCCGACAAAAAUAAUGACAGGUGUUUCGUUCAGAAACUCGUUGCUUUCACGGCGCGUCUACGAAUACAUUUGCGGUCGCAACGUUCGACGGAAUUUUCGUUCUUGGGACUGUGGGUUUCAUGCGCUUGGCAGCAUCGACCUAAUGAUAAAAGAUCCAAGAACUCUAUCCCCUCUUCAACGUUGGAACCAGCUCGGUUCGCACGGUCACGUCCGGUGCCAAGAUCGCUCUCGGCGUGCUCUGUCAUCUUUCACUUCAGGAUCAUCGGAAGAAGAAAAUCUUCGACACAACGAGGAGAACCACAAACGGCAAAGACGACGGCAGCAACAACUACCACCAGUUCUAGAUCCUAUAGAACAAGCUCUAGCAGAGCUUCCUAAAGGGGCCCAAAUCCAUCUUGACUUUUUCGGAGAGCCUGUCACAUUUCUCGAAGGUGGUGGUGGAAUUGAUCAUACCAGCGAUGUUGAAGCUGCCGUAGCUUCCCUCGAUGGAUUUUUGAUCGGCAUUGUUUCAAAGGGAAAGGCAUUUACGGGGGGAGGAGAAGAAAUGGGAAUGAACGCUCAAGCCUAUCAUUCAGCAGCACUAGCAUGGUCUGAGUUGAUUCGCUAUGCUGCUGUUUGGAACAACUAUGAUUCUCCCGCUAGACCAUGCUGUUGUCCCAUGUUGAUUCAUGCGGCUGUUGCUCCUGUGUUAGCUCAGUCUGGAGCAGCAUAUGUUCACCACCUCGAUCAGAUACUCGAGCACGUUGAUGCUGGAGUGGAGCGUUUAKAGCAACCGAUAUCAUUGAUUGCUUUGGCCGAGAAAGCAGUUGCUGUGUUAGAGGAUGAACACAAUCAUGGCGACGAUUCCGCAACCGCAUUGCCCUCGUUGACACCUCGAGAAGUGACCCACCUGACGGCACUCAAAUGUUUACUCCGCAACGACCAUCGACGAGCCAUGAUGGUGCUGUAUAGGCAUGUUGUGGUCUGUCCCGGUGAUGCAUUGGCACUUAGUUUGUUACUGGACGUUUGUCACACACUGGGAGAUUCUCAGGUAGCCCUCCGAGGCGCGUCGGCGGUUGCAUCGUAUUGGAACGAACGAAAGGGAGGUAUGAUUCGGCCUUCCAUUCCGGGUUACAAUACGGUCUCUGCGGCAAUUGCAGUGGGAUUGGCCGUUGGAGGACGUCGAUCCGAAGCAGAGCCACUAGCAGAGGCCGUCCGUGAAAAAGGAGAAAAAUUAGCGGGUGGAAUGGCAACUUGGGCUUUGGCACACGUUUUUGAUGCAGAAGGACGCACCGCUGAGGGCAUCAGUGCCUGUGCCAACAACGACGGAUCCGUCCAUUACGAAGCUUGUGGAUUUUUAAUGUUUGAUGUAGUUUUGGCUGGAUACGGAGUUCGUUUUGCCUUGGAUCGAGAAGAACGGGGAAGAGGCCGAAGCCCUGCUUUGCGUCUAUACGACACUAACUACGAAGGAAUUCUCGAGGGUUCUGGUUUCUCUCGGGGGAUCUUACACGAUGAGCCUCACCGAAGAGCUCCUAUUGGUUGGCGACGAUCGAAGUUCGAGAAAUCUAAUCGAGCUCAAGCCUUUAUGGCGGAGGUUUUUGGAAAGGAACAGCGGAAGGCCGUGGAAGAAGCUCGCUUGAAGAAAGAUGCGCAGUCGAAUUCCAGCGCUGGCGAGAUCGUGUCUCAGGAAGAGCGUGUCGAUGGGAACGACUUGGAACCAAGUGAUGUUAUGAACAUAUCUUCCUCAUUGCAAACGGGAGACUGGAAGUAUUCAAUGGAAGACGUUUUAACAUGGUUACCCCCUACACCGCAAUUUCUAUCCGAUGCAACCUUGCUUUUGCUUCGCUUUACAUUGAAUGGCACUCUAUCAUCUUCGAAUUAUCGGUGGGAAAACUUGCGGAACGCGUGGUCUGUCUACUUAGAAAUCAAUAGUAGAUACAACAAGGGAAGGAAAGACUCUGGAAUAAGCUCCGCUUUAGAAUUCUAUCCGAUCGCAUGUGCGGCUGCCUCGCUCGUUGUGAACCCCCAUGUUGUAGGUGAAUUGCCAGGUGCUGGUGGUCGACUUCAAGAUGGAUUGCACAAAAUGGGAGAACUCUUGAAUCUAGGCAAUGUUGUGGUUCCCAUCAACGACGAUGAUCCAAACGAUAGUGCCAGAGAUGGCGAUAAUGCUAAUUAUCUGAGCACCAUACUGUUCAAAGAAAUCGUUGCAGACAAGGAACCCGACUUCUGGUUGCCUGUUGUAGAAGAAACCAGACGAGAAGAAUGGAAAACGGUGUUGAAACUCCUUUCCUCUGCCAUCGACGGCAUUUACGAUCCGACUGGAGAAGACGAUCAUGACAUCAUGAAAGCGACUCUCUCUUCAGGCUUUCAAGGCUGGGAGUUCGACGUACGGCCGUUUCUGGAACACGCUGUGGUUUACGCAGCUUGCAAAUGCGGGGACUAUGAAAGCCUCUCUAUUGCGCGUUCAAUCUGUAGUAGAGGAGUGACGUUGCGUCCAAACUCGCCUGAGGAAUGGUGGAGGUAUAGCAUCGUCCUUGGACUACUUGGUGACGAAAAGGCAUCAGAAGAUGCAUUGAACGCGAGUCACUCAUUCGGCGGUGGGCAAGGAACCAAGCUUGACUAGUAUUGUUUCACGAGAUGGAUCAAAAAGUAUUGCCGACCAUUGAUCAUGUUUUGUCGAAACCCGGCUUUACUCUGGCGUGGCACAUACCCGAGAAAGAAGUAAUACGGCACUUCCGAGAAAUGCAUCGUCUUGUUAUUUAAUGGCUCAAAACAUACUUUGGAUACUAGUAGGCGAAGACGUCCAAGUGGAGAAUAUAAUCUUAGCGUUCUA